UGGCUUCGCUCUCUCUGCUCAUCACGGCGACUGUGGUUGAGAUGGUCCGAGCUCUCCGGAGAUGCCAGUGAGGCGGCGGCCGCAGUCACAAGCGGCAUGUUGGAGGAGAAGGGGAGGUUUGGUGGAGCGGGUGGUGGGGGCGAGAUGGAAAGGUUGCCCCCCGCCAUGCGGAAAAGACUGUACAGCCUCCCUCAACACAUAGGGACCAAAGACGGCUUGAUGGAGUGCGACGGGGACAGGGAGCCGGGCAGAAGAAGUAUCAAGAUGAAGCAUCUGCCCUCGCCCACGGUGGGAGGUGCGAGGUGGGCUGGAGACGCCAAGGUUGGAGAAGGCAAGACGAUGGAGACUGAUCUCAUCAAGACCAGUUCCAACGGGGACUGCCGGCGCUUUCGAGGGAGCCUCUCCUCCAUCGCCAGCAGGCACCUCCACGAAGCCGACGUGGCGGAGGGCAAGCGCCUGAUCGGCGAGGGGGAGUCCACACCGAGCGAGGGCACUAACCCCGGCAGCGAGGACGGCUCCAGCUCCGGCUCCAUCUCCGGCACAGCCUCGGAGGAGAGGGGACGGUCGGGGGCCAAGCAGCAGGCGGCAGCCGAGCAAGAAGCGAGGUCGGCGCUCUUCAAGGCGGACGGCGCCGACCAGAUCUUCCUAGAAGACGACUUGAGGGCGAGUCAAAGCGGCUUCUUGCAGAGACAAUUUGGAGCCAUGCUGCAGCCGGGAGUUAACAAGUUUUCUCUGAGAAUGUUUGGCAGCCAGAAGGCGGUGGAAAGAGAGCAAGAACGGGUCAAAUCAGCUGGAUUUUGGAUUGUCCACCCGUACAGUGACUUCAGGUUCUACUGGGAUUUGACUAUGCUGCUUCUCAUGGUGGGGAACCUGAUCAUCAUUCCCGUAGGAAUCACGUUCUUCAAGGAUGAAAACACCACUCCGUGGAUAGUCUUCAACGUGGUGUCGGACACAUUCUUUCUUGUUGAUCUGGUGCUAAAUUUUAGAACUGGGAUUGUGGUGGAGGACAACACAGAGAUUAUUUUAGACCCUCAGAAAAUCAAGAUGAAGUACCUGAAGAGCUGGUUUGUGGUGGACUUCAUCUCCUCCAUCCCAGUAGACUAUAUUUUUCUAAUAGUGGAAACCAGGAUUGACUCGGAGGUUUACAAGACUGCCAGGGCACUGCGGAUUGUAAGGUUUACCAAGAUCCUCAGCCUUCUCCGGUUGUUGCGAUUAUCUCGUCUUAUCCGUUACAUCCAUCAGUGGGAAGAGAUCUUCCACAUGACUUAUGACCUGGCAAGUGCGGUGGUGCGAAUUGUUAACCUGAUUGGGAUGAUGUUGCUACUGUGUCAUUGGGAUGGCUGCCUCCAAUUCCUCGUGCCCAUGUUGCAAGAUUUCCCAGAGGAUUGCUGGGUUUUCCUCAACGAGAUGGUGGAUGCUUCAUGGUCGAAGCAAUACUCGUACGCACUGUUCAAAGCCAUGAGCCACAUGCUGUGCAUCGGCUACGGGCAGCAAGCGCCAGUCGGCAUGUCUGACGUGUGGUUGACCAUGCUCAGUAUGAUCGUCGGAGCUACCUGCUACGCCAUGUUCAUCGGCCAUGCCACCGCUCUCAUCCAGUCUUUGGAUUCCUCACGCAGGCAGUAUCAGGAGAAGUAUAAGCAAGUGGAGCAGUACAUGUCCUUCCACAAGCUGCCGGCUGACAUGCGCCAGAGAAUCCACGAUUACUACGAGCAUCGUUUCCAGGGCAAGAUGUUUGAUGAGGAGAGCAUACUUGGGGAGCUGAGUGAACCACUGCGAGAGGAAAUCAUUAAUUUUAACUGCAGGAAACUCGUGGCCUCCAUGCCACUCUUUGCAAAUGCAGAUCCUAACUUCGUCACGUCCAUGUUGACUAAGCUGCUUUUUGAGGUCUUCCAGCCCGGAGAUUACAUCAUCCGCGAGGGAACUAUCGGGAAGAAGAUGUACUUUAUACAGCACGGGCUCGUCAGUAUCCUCACUAAAGGCAAUAAAGAGACAAAACUAUCAGAUGGCUCCUAUUUUGGAGAGAUCUGCCUGUUGACCCGGGGGCGUCGAACAGCGAGCGUACGCGCCGACACCUACUGCAGGCUGUACUCCCUGUCGGUGGACCACUUCAAUGAAGUGUUGGAGGAAUACCCGAUGAUGAGGCGCGCCUUCGAGACCGUGGCACUGGACAGGCUCGACCGGAUAGGUAAGAAAAACUCCAUCUUGCUGCACAAGGUACAGAACGACCUCAACUCGGGCGCGUUGAACUACCAGGAGAGCGAGAUCAUCCAGCAGAUCGUGCAGCAUGACCGAGAGAUGGCCCAGACCGUCCAGAAAGCAGCCCCGGCCGAAUCCAGCCCAGCCCCGGUCAUCUGGACACCUCUGGUCCGAGCUCCAUUGCAGGCGGCAGCUGCCACCACCUCCGUGGCCAUCGCCACUCAUCACCACCCACGCCUCCCUGGCGCCAUGUUCCCGCCGCCCUUGUCCAUCCUCAGUCUCUUGGGUCAGCAGUCCAACCAGACACCAAGGCAGGUGAAGAAGGUGCAGUACUCGGCCCCCAGCACUGGACCACCCGCCAUGGGGUCUCCAUCCAGCGCCCCGUCCCAACUCCAGACGCCCUGCUCUGAGUCCCCUCCGUCUGUGCUCUUCCAGACCCACCACCUCCUGGGGGCUUCUCCGCCCGUCAGCUUGGGCCAGCAGCACCGGCAACUGGGCAUCACCUCGGCCGGAUCUUCUCGACGCCCCUCGGGGACUCCGGCCGGCAGCCCGGGGCAAGGGCAACGGUCAAGGUCGGGCUCGGGGUCUCCGUCCCCCAGCCUGGGGCACCUCCAGCAGUUUCUCAGCGGCUCGCCGGUCCAGACCCCCACCCUGGCCCAUCUGCCCCAGCUUUCACCCAGAUCCACCUGGUCAGUCCCAGUCCCAGUCCCAGUCUCAGACCCAGUUCCAGGCCACCUCUCAGUCGCCCAAGCCAGCCACGGCCACCGCCACUUCCCGGGAGGCGCCCAGUCCGCGGAGUCAAGCAGUGCCACAAACGGAUCUCCAUCUCGCCAACUGGGAGCCAAGGACACCUCCCCCCAGUCGGGAUGAGCUCCCCGCUGCCCAGUUUGGGUCAUCAUCUCCCGCAAGUGUCUCCACGCUUCCAGAGGCCUCAGGGGCAACAGCAACAAGCGACCCCCGUGGCUCAAGGAGACAACCUGGCCAUCCAGC